AUAUCAGAAAAAAAAAACCCCCCAUCAACUACAAUGCUGUAGUCUUCGCCAGCAAUUCAUCAACCGCUCCAUAUACACGGCCAGUGGCCAGCCUCCCACUCACCAUCAUGAUGUUGAUGCUGGCGGUACAGUUUUCAGCGAAAACAAAUAUGCGUGUAGGACAAGUCUCCCCCCAAUGCGUAUUCCUUUCCACAAACCUGGCGACGGCAUUCUCAGGCUAUCCUUCCAUUGUUCGUCACUUGGGCGAGCAACAACAUCUUCGUCUCAUUAUUAGCCUCCUUCGACGGCGUAUUAUCUUCAUAUAUCCUCUUGUCAGUGCAACUGCCAUCCAUAAACACUCUGCUUUGGCUAUUGCGAUGCAGUGGUAAAGGAAAGACUGCAUCUUGAUCGCACCUGCACAUCACACUGAUGGAGGCGCGCAACCCGCUGGAGUCGUUACCUCAGAAUCAACGAUGCCCUUCAAGCGAUCUGAUAUAACCUAUGGGGAAAUCAGGAUUUAAUCCCACCUGAUUGCUUUCUACUCACCGAACAAUUGGGUGGAUUACGCAGAUUCAAUUGUUUCUGGUGCAUCACUGCCCUCGCAACAGUUUUGCGUGUCUUCGCACGAUCUCGUAGAACAACUCGAGAGAAGGUAAUACGAGGUUCGCCGACGAAGUGUCAGUGAUCACUGAUAUCUACCCCAAUUCACACUACUAAGCGCAGCAACCUUCUUGGCUCUAUCAAAGGCAACGGUACCAAACCAGUCACCGCUUUUACCUGUGUGGGAGUCACUAUUAACAGCUGAGGGAUAACGGGGUGCACCACACCGCUUAUGAUUCGAGUAUAUCCAAAGUCAAGCAUGACAUCCCAAGUGGCAAUCUCGACAGAUGGACAAGUCCUGAGAAUAAUCCAGUGGGCAUGCAUAUGCGAUGCACAAAGAUAGUGUCUAAACGUUAUGCAUCAGUGACUAGCCUGGAACUUACAUUCCCGAGUCAUGGACGCUUGGCCUAAUGUAAAAAAAAAUGAAGCGCACAAGACGGAUCCAAGGGACCUAUCUAGGAGUUUUCGCCCUCUGUAACUUGAUCGUUUCCCACAACUUAUCCUACGACUCAUACCGAGAAAAUCACCUAUCGCUGCAACUUUAUUUCUACAACUCUCGCGUGGAAUUUUUUGCUUUCGAAGGAGUAGACACGAUGAGCCAUAUCGAUCCAACCAUCCGAUUGUCAAACCCAGCCGCUCAUGUGGGAAUCUUUGCGUUCCGCGUUGGAAUCUUUGGAUGAUUUUAAGAGCGAUAGAUGAUAGAAUGCGAUAGAAAGCUUUUUGGAAAUCAUACGCAUGGGCUGGGCGAACGGCGGACGCGAAUUCCACAUGAAUAUCCCUACCAAUGAAGGAAUGUGUCCUGGAAUGCCCUUACAGUUUUCCGCCAUGGUGCAGCACCCUUAGGACAGGAGCUGCAGAUUCCACACUACAAGGAUUCAUACGAUUAAGACUGGUCGGCUGGCCUGCUUUGAAGACGGACGAUCUUGUACUUCUUAGUCUAGACUUUCCAAUGUCGUAAAUCACCUCGGACGACAUCAAAAAUGAAAGAAACUUACAGUCACCCAAAUAAUGCUCGAAGAAGCAGUUGUGAUUGCUCGAUGGCUUACAAUAAAAGUCUUACGCAGUUUCUGAUGGUACAUUGGCGAGACAGUGCAGGCCGUCGACCAUAAGUUCGUAACUUUGGACCAAAGCCAGUGAUGAUAAACCAGCGUGUGGGGUAUCUUAUUCCCGUCGAGAGGACGAAGAAAUUGGGUAUUUCAGCGAUAUAAAAUAUGCUUUGAGCGACUAGGGUGAUAGUAGGUGACGUUUAGACAUGAUAUUUUUUCUUCAGCAAUCGUUCUGCUGUAGGACUAGAGUAAAACCAUGAUGAAAUUCAAUGAACUCCAAUAACGAA